CCCGGCCUCCGCAACUUUUGAUCAUAUGUCAACGCAGGCCACGCUUCGGCCAUUCUUGUCCUGCGUUUUUAUUUAUUGGGGGAGACGACAUCAUGCCCAUCGAUCUGCUGGCAGAGGGCUAUGGCCGGAAAAUCUUGAGUAGCCCACACACAUGGACUGUGGCCCAGGCCGCGGCUGCCAUUGGCGUGGUAGCCCUCCUGAAGUUUUAUUUUGGUGGUGCAAGAUGUCGUUCCGAACGAGUGAUGCACGGAAAGGUGGUGAUGGUGACGGGAGGUACGUCAGGAAUAGGUGCCGCCAUAGUACAAGAGCUCGCAACAAGAGGCGCCCAGAUCAUUCUCUUGACCCAUCAUGCUCCCUCCGACCCAUUCCUCGUGGACUACAUUGAAGAUGUGCGAACUAUCACCAACAACGAAUUGAUAUAUGCGGAGCAAGUCGACUUGUCCUCACUUCAUUCGAUACGGCUUUUCGCAACGAAAUGGGUUGAUAAUGCCCCUCCGAGACGAUUGGAUAUGAUCGUUCUCUGCGCCAACGUCAUGACGCCUUGGUUUGGUACAAGUCAAAAGACGCUGGACGGACUCGAAGCAGAAUGGGCUAUCAACUAUCUCAGCAGCUUCCACCUCCUGAGCAUCCUGUCACCCGCCAUUCGAGCACAACCACCAGACAGAGAUGUAAGAAUUCUGUUUAGUACAUGCAGCAGCUAUAUUGGAGGCAAGCUGGAGCUGCAACAUACCGAGUCUACGUCAAAAUCUGGCAGCACUUCCUACGCGCGCAGCAAAUUGGCCGUCAUGACAUUUGCAUAUGCAUUCCAGAAACACCUUGAUUCAUACAAACGUCCUGACAAUCAGGUCAACAACGCGCGGGCUUUCAUUAUUGAUCCUGGAUUCUGUCGCACUCCUGGCACAAGGAGGUGGCUGUCUGGAGGUCUCAUAUGGGGUCUCUUUCUGUAUCUGGUGACCUGGCCACUAUGGUGGCUCAUCCUCAAGUCGCCUGUUCAAGGUGCUCAGAGUUACCUUCUCGCGGCCAUGGAAGCUGAAUACGGACGAGGAGCUGGUGGAAAAAUGAUCAAAGAAUGCAGAGAAUACGAACCUUUAAGACCCGAAGUCAAGCAUGAAGAGGUUGCGAAGAAGCUGUGGGAAUUUAGUGAAAAGCAAAUCGAACAGCUGGAGAAAGCAGGCGCUGUCAAACGGGCUCUGGCGAAGAAAGAGGCAGAGAAGAACAAGAAUGAUGUGCCAGAUCCGGCCGCAGACGGCACGCCGGUUUCUUCCGCCGGCAAGAAGGAGGCCACGGCGGGGUCCAGAAGGAGCCGCAAAGCGAAAUGAGCCCAACUAGCAGCCACCUACCAUCUUCGAAUAGAGGUACAGGCCGACCUACAUUAGGUU